AGGUCACAUGACACAGAUGAUGCGCACGAAAAUUAUCGUCCGGAUAGAAAACACGCAGGAAAAUGUCUGAGAAGGACAGCGAAACCUUUGAUGUGAUGGAACUGGCAGAGCAUGUCAAGAAACAAAGGUGGUGGAACAAAAUGUUUGGCAAAAAUAACUCUGGACCAGCUGCUGAGAAGUACUCCGUUGCAACACAGUUGGCCAUUGGAGGAGUGAGCGGCUGGUGUGCAGGGUACUUGUUCCAGAAAGUUGGGAAGCUUGCAGCAUCAGCUGUAGGUGGAGGCUUCUUUUUGCUCCAGAUUGCUCAUCACACAGGCUACAUUACAGUAGACUGGAAAAGAGUUGAGCAAGACGUGAACAAGGCUAAGAAGCAACUGAAGCUGAAUUCAGACAAGCCUUCUAAAGAAGUGAGAACAAAAUUUAAUGAGGUGCAAGUAUUUGUCAAGAAAAACAUUGUUCUCACAGGAGGCUUUGCUGGUGGAUUUCUGCUUGGUCUAGCUUCAUAGGAUCUCUCAUUGUAACGUCUUAUACUCCGAGGAUGUCAUCAAACAUCAGAUUACAGCUUUUGUGUGAUAUUGCAGCUUGUAUUUAACUCAGCACUCCUUUUUUUUAGAUCAAGAUUUGAUUCUUAGGAUGUGUUCAUAUAGAUAGAAAACAUAUAUCGAUGCUAGAAUGUAUGGUUUCAGUUUUUGGAUUGUUUUUAGUUUGUACUUGAACAUUUUGCUAUAUUAUUUUGGCACAAACUAUUUUUGACACAAGACUUAAAAAGUGAGCUUAUUUAAACAUGUAAAUAGUUGAAACAUUUGAAAUUGGCCCUUUAAAAACCCAUAUCUGACCUUGUAAGUUGUAUGUCAUGCUGACUAAGCUAAGUGCAUUUAAAACUCGAUGCUCAAAGCUAUUUCUGUAAUAAAUCUGGACAUUACUUCAAAGACCAAGGGGUCAAUAAAAGUUAUCCGAUAAUGACAGAAAUGUUCAAAGUAAAUAGACAAUCCGGUUUUAAACAAUUCUGGUUUGCCUUUUUGUCUCAUCUUUGUUUUGAUUGUUGUAUUGAUAUUUAUACAAUACAUCUAAUCCAUUUCCCUAAAUUGCAGCUAAUGCUCAGCACAUCAUGAUAGAAUAUUCCAGUUUCUUUUCUCAUUUUGUAAUCUGCGUUUCAUAAGGCUGUCCCUACAAGGCCUUUGUGUUUUGAACAUACAAAAAAAGCAGGUCACUAUGAUGGACACUAGAUGUUGAAUGCAUAAUAUUCUCACUAUAAACUGUUGAAUAAAUAGUGACAGCUUGAUUUAAUGAAAGUUACAAGAGACGAUGAAUAUGUAUUCCACAUGUCCUUGAAAGUCUCUGAUCUCUUGCAGUGCAUACUGUAUAGCUUUCUAUUAAAGGGUUGUCUUUGUGUCUGUAGAUUUGUGUUCCUUGGUAAAUCCAGAGCAGCAGACAGAGUUUUCUCCAGCGUGGACUUCACAACACUUCCUCAUGGCUUGAAUCACAUCCUCACAAAGACUUUCGAUGUAUUUGUUGGCUGU